AUGUGCUCCGCAGACAUCUUCCUCGGCCUUCUGGCCCUCCUCUUCCCGCCUCUGCCUGUCUGGGUGAAGCGCGGCAUCUGCUCCGCAGACUCCAUCAUCAACAUCCUCCUCUGUCUCCUGGGCUACGUCCCCGGCCUCAUCCACGCCUGGUACAUCAUCGCCAAGUUCCCCGAGCCGGACUACGAGUACGAGUCCGUCCCCCAGCAGGACCGCGAAGGCGGCCGCGUCACCUACGUCUUCGUCCACGGCAACGGCAACGGCCACGGCCCGCACACCCAGCAGCCCCAGCAGCAGCCCCGUCCCACGCAGAACAACGGCAAGGGCGGCAACAACGUCAGCUACGGCACCACCAACAACCCGAAUAACUCGGGCAAUGCCGCCGCCGGUGGCUCGAGCAGACCCCAACAGCCCCAGCCGUACCAGGACCAGACGGCAGGCGAGGGUAGCAGCGACGGCGCCGUGCCGCCUAGCUACGCCGACGUCGUUGCUGGCGACAACAAGAUCCAGACUCGGGAUUAG